AUGUCUCAGAAGGCUUGUUACGUGUGUGGGAAGAUUGGUCAUUUGGCUGAGGAGUGUGAUUCCGAGAGAUUGUGCUACAACUGCAAUCAACCGGGCCAUGUUCAAUCCGAGUGUACUCUUCCAAGAACUGUUGAAUACAAGCAAUGCUACAACUGCGGUGAGACGGGUCAUGUAAAGACGGAAUGUGCCAUUCAGCGCUGUUUCAACUGUAACCAAACAGGUCACAUUUCCAGAGAAUGUGUUGAACCUAAGAAGGCCAGAUUCCCUUCCACUCCUUCGAGAGGUUCCAAGGUAUCCUGCUACAGAUGUGGCGGUCCAAACCAUAUGGCUAAGGACUGUCUGCAAACCGGCUCUAAAUGUUACUCCUGUGGUAAGUUUGGACAUUUGUCGAAAGAGUGUCCUAACGGUCCCGAUGAGAAAGUCUGCUAUAACUGUAACGAGACGGGACAUAUCUCCAGAGAUUGUCCGGUCAACUAA